CUCAGUCUUGAGCCUUUUCCGAGGCCGCCGUCAUGGCGCUGAGCGGGGGCUGGUGGAGCCGUGCCAUGGCGCGAGCGAGAGGGGCCGGCGGCCUGUUGAGGGGAGAGGCCUGGUCGUGGAAAGGGAGGGCGGCGAGGCCCAGUUCUGGGCGGGGCCCGGGACCUCCCGUCGUCUCGGAGCUGGACAAGGCUGACGCCUGGCUCCUCAGGAAAGCUCACGAGACCGGGUUCCUCUCCUGGUUUCGGAAUGGCUUGCUGGCUACUGGCGUUGGAGUGAUUUCUUACGUUCAGAGCGACAUGGGGCGCGAAGCAGCUUAUGGUUUCUUCAUCCUGGGUGGAAUCUGUGUCUCGUACGGCAGCGCCUCCUACCUCGUCAGCCUCUUCCUCCUCCGUCGCACCAUGAUGCUGUCCUUUUCCACAGCUCUCCUGAACUGUGCUGCAGUCACCACUGUGGCACUGUUCUGGCUGUGCGCCAUCUCCCUCUACAUUGGGCGCUUGGAGGUGGAGAUCAUCCAGGACGACCCCAGUGACAAGUGCCAGGACAAGAAAAAGGAGGACGGGAAGUCGGAUAAGUGAAGGCCCAGUUGGCUUGUGCAGACACGCGAUUGUAUUCUGUGGACUGAGCUUUUAAGGCCACCCCACCCGGCAUGUUUGAAUCCUUCUGCCUUUAGGGCCGAAGGGCAAGGACAGGUGGCUUCCUUGCAAACAAGAGACAAGCGGGUGUGUUGGCUGCUUUGUAUUUAUUUUAGGUUUUCCAGAUGGGCUCUGGGAAGUGACAGUAGCAAAAAUCAGGUCACCGGCAACGACAAAGAAAGGGAUUGUUCAGAGGACACUCUGCUGAGCCAGCAGCAUGCAUUCUUGUUGAACUGGGAUCUCUGGCACGUAAGCAUUCUGAUGACGUUGGUCUUGCUCUGCUCUGCUCCCCCCGCUUCAACCAGUUAAUUGAUACGCUAGCUGAUUAUUUAUCAGCUAAAGAUAUUGUAAGAAAUGUCCAGCUAUCUUGGCACCUCCUGUAAAGCUUGGCCCUGCUUUUCCAGUGUUGCUUAUGCUCCCCAAUCCUCCUGCUCCUCACAUAUCAGGUAUAUCUCUUCUGCCACUGGCCCAUGCCUUCUUUGCUCCACCUGUCCAGAUCAGUUGACAUUUGUAUUAAAGACACCAAAACCAA